GUGGUAUCGCGAUCUCUUUCACGAUUUCUAUUCAUAUUUGAAAAGGAGUAAGUGAUACAGUGAUAUAAUCGUGUUAGCGGGAAUCGAAUAUAACAAAAAGAGAAGAAUUGAUCGAGGUUCGAAGAAGUUGCUCGAGUUCGAUCUACAGUUUGAAUUAUUAAAAGAUAAAAUGAAUGAAAAUUAAUCGGGAUAGUUGGAAAUUUUUUUAUCACGCGAGUUACAUUAAGAAGGGGGUCCUCGAAUUCUCGUGACUCGUACGCGUUAAUCGGAAGGAAGCACGUAAUGAAAAGGGAACGAUCGUAAGAUUCGACUUCGGAGGAUCGAUCGCGUCGAGGUGUUUGUAAAACAUUCGUAGGAUACGAUUUGCUUGGAUUCGAACAAAGAGAUUAUUACGAUCGGGGAAAAGUGAAUAUUACUGUCGCCCGCACUCUCUCUUUCCAACUUUUUCCAGGGAUUUAAUGCGCCGAAACAGGGCGUGAAGUUUGGCUUCGAAGACUCGCUCUAGAUUCAACGGUGAAACUUCAAAAUGAAUGCAUACGCGCUAUUCUUGACUUUGUUAAUUAGUCAUGUUUAUGCGCGUGAUGUUGAUUUCUGUUUUAAGGAAGAGAAUGAUCCGUAUUUAUACAUGGGCACUAAAACUGCCUACCAUUUUGUCUAUUACAAAGAUCGGCUUCAAAGCGUGCCUAAUUGCCAAGCAAAGCAAAUUUGGAUGCUCGUUACACAUGGUACACGAUGCCCAUCAAAGUCAGAAAUCAUCGAAAUGGUGAAAUUAAAAGAUUUCCAAAAUCAAAUAAUUAACAAUCACGAAUUACGAAACAAUGGACACAUGUGCAACAAAGAUUUAGAAAAUUUGAAAAAAUGGAAGCAGAACGAUUAUCUCAUGAUCCAACGAGCGAAAGUUCUGGCACCGCAGGGUGUAGAGGAUAUGAGGUUGCUCGCGAGACGAUUGCAAAGCACUUUUCCCCAUCUUCUGCAAUCGAACAAUAACGAGAACAUUACUGAGCAAGAUUACGUGUUUAAAGAAUCCGAUGCGUAUACAAGUUCGGGCGCGUUUAUGGAGGGAUUGUUCAAGGUUAAAGACGCCAUAGACGUGGAAAAAGUUCCAGAUAAUGACACUUUACUCACGAUGUACAAAACGUGCGAUUCGUGGGACAACGAAUACAACAACGCUUCCUACGAGGAGGUAAUCGCCUUCGAGGAGAGCGAAGAUUUCGAAAAUCUCGUGAAAAACGUGAGCCGACGCCUCGGAUUUUUCACUGACAUUCCCAAAGAUUUGAUUCUAACGAUGUACGAUAUGUGCCGUUACGAAAAGGCAUGGACAGUGACGCAACUCUCUCCUUGGUGUGCCGUUUUCAGCAAAGAGGAACUUCAUGUGCUCGAGUAUCGCGAGGAUCUCUAUUAUUAUUACAAAGCCGGAUAUGGACGUGAAAUCAAUGCUCGGCUAGGAUGCACGCUUUUGCAAGACAUGAUGAAUCACUUUUGGAAAGUGGAACAGGAGAACGAGUCGAACUUUCAGCCCAAAGGCAUAUUCUAUUUUAGCGAUACUAUAAGUCUGUUGAAUCUUUUGACAACAUUGAACAUUAAUAAAGAUGAAAUGCAACUGGCGGCUUUUAAUUACAAGGAAAUGGCGAAACGUCAGUGGAGAACGUCCUUCAUAUCCUCUUUCGCGGCGAAUCUUAUCGCUGUAUUUUACAAAUGCGACAUUAACAGCCAACCAACAAACCAUGUAAUGUUUUACCUGGCCGAGAAAUCGGUCAUGCUCAAAGGAUGUAAAGUGGGCCUCUGCGAUUGGGAAUACAUAAAGCAAAAGUUCAAUCCUGUUCUCAAACAGUGCGAUAUGAAAACUUGUUGGAACGAAAACGGUGUCGCCAUUUCUCUGCCCAAUUUCGUUCUCCUUAUCCUUUCAUGCUUCUCUUUAAUCUUCAUCAGGGAAUAAAAAGAACGGUAUAUGUUCUUCUUUAUUCGUAAUUUAAGAAGAAUGAACGCAUAAUACGUGAAUCGCAAGAAAGCGGAGGCAUUUGAGAGUAAAACUUACGAAAUCAUUCCUUGAAAAGUAUUUUUUCAAGACACCGUUUUGAGAGUAUGUUCAAGAGUGAUUCUCUGAUUUUAUCAAAAUUAAUUCUCCAUACGUUUUACUCUCAAACGUAUUUUUUCGAUAUCCUAACAGGUAUCGAAUUAACCGUAAUUAUGGCUUUAAAUUUUAAUGACGAUUGAAUAAACAUCGAAAAUAUUGCAAAAAUUGCUAAAAAAAAAAAAAUCACGCUGCGCUUUCAAAUCGUGGAAACGUGUAUGUUUAAUUAAUAUUAGUUUUACUUCUCUAUACGUAAUUUAUAUACAUUUAUCGUUGUUUAUUAUCAUCCUCAUUUGUUUAUACGUCACAAAUACGUACUCGAGAUAAGUGGAAUAUUAUUUAUAUUAUCAUUCCUCCUAAUAAAUGUCGUGAUUUAUCGAACAAAAGUAACGAUUGCACAUAACGAUUUAUCGUCUUUCGCUUCGAACAUUUUUAAUUUUUACCAAUACUUUUCACCACCUAAGACUACAAUAUUUCUAUGUAAUGUACGCUUAAUCAACGUAUUUAUUAAAAUUCGAAUCUCGAUAACGCCUCUUUUUGUACGUUUUAUUCGUUCACUUGUAAUCGAAACUCAUCUACGAAUAAAUUAUGACUAAAUAAACGAUUAAUAAUUCUACUUGUA